GAGUCACCCUGCGGGCUGUGUGUCAUAGCAAAAGCUGAUAUUUCUCGGGGGAAAAAUGCCUGUUUUGGAGCACAUCAAAGCCAUGGCCGAGACUCCGACUCCAGCUGGGAACAGCCCUGCACCGGCAGACGAGAAUGCCCCGCCCCAGGCAGUCCGAGAACUGACGCAGACCGAUCAUCUCAACCGACGCCUUCUCAAAUCGCUCCUGGAAAACAUGCAAGCCACCGAGGUUCUGGCGCAGGAGAACGGGAACGGCUCCAACGAGGAGGACAACGACUUCGAAGAAUAAAUCCUUUUAUUAGAGUACAGUAAAACUAGUGAGCUAAAACGGA